UAACGCGAGAAACAUCAGCUUAAGAUUAUUUACAGUGGCCAAAUCACAUAUCAACUCGGUUGACAAAACCAAAUCAUGCUGUUAUACACCCAACCCUAAUUUGCAUGACUUUUUCGGCAGGCAAAGCUCGUUAUGGGGCUUCGCUCCAUUUCGUUCUUUAAGUGGCGUGAACAGGCGUCUAAUACAGCCUGGCUUUGAUGACGGUUAACAGUAAAGGUACUGUAUUUUUCACAAUUUGCGGUCAUAAGUUUGGCCUUUUGAAUUGAAAGGUGACGGAAAACGCCAUUGAGAUCAUCAAAUCAGUCGAAACAAUGGGCUUAAAUUAAGUUCUAAAGAAUCAAAGUUUAAAAAGCUUUCGUGUGAUUGUUACAGAAGGCGCUCGAUGUUGACUUCUUCAUCUAAAACGGUUUACAGAUCUCCGUUGCCUCAUUUUCUUGUUGACUAUCGAUCUAAGGAAUCCAAAACCCGCCUCUGCCGUGCUCUGCCAACUGGUUAUGCUGUUCCUUACCUAUCCUUGUCUUCGUGCUAUAAUACUCAAACCGUUCCAACUCAUAGCGGGGUUAGUACUUUAGCAAUCAUCCUAAAUGCCUUGCGAAUAGAUCCUCAGCGUAAGUGGAGUCCUUUGUCAAGUUGGCGAUGGUAUACUGCGAAACUUUUAUUUUGCUGUGGUGCAUUGGAAGUCGUGAGGGAAAAUGGAACAAUAACUUUGGAUGAAUUUGUAAGUUUGGCAAAUUGCAAUGGAGCAGUAGCGAGCGUUGUUCGACCAAAUUACUCGAAAGAACAUUAUGAUGAGUUUACUCAUACUUUAGAGCGAGUUUGUACUGGUGGUAAGCAGUCUAAAGAGGAACUACUCGAUGGAGAACUUCCAGAGGAGCUUAUGGCAAUUUCUUUUUCGAGAGUAGCUCUAGGGCAGGUUGGAGAAGGCCACUUUAGUCCAAUUGCCGCAAUGGACAAAGAAUCAAACUCUGUGUUGAUAUUUGAAACGGCGAAAUACAAAUACCCACCAUAUUGGGCUCCUAUUGAAGUUCUUUUCCAAUCCAUGUUACCAUUGGAUAGUGUCACUGGAAAAAGUCGAGGUUAUGUGGUAUUGAAGGCAAAACAUGAAUGGAAAUUAAAAGGCCCUUCGUAA